AUGCGUUAUAGCGGACCAAGGAUGACAAAGAGAAUAGGAUACCGAGACUGGAGAUGGCAGGCGCUUUGGUGGCAUCAUUUCUUUCUCUUGUGGAGUACAAUAGACGGGCAGACGCGCUACAGCAUCCCAGAGGAACUAAAACAAGGAUCUGUGGUCGGAAAUCUAGCCAAAGAUCUGGGUUUGGGAUUAUCUGACAUAUUUAACCGGAGGCUGAGUGUCGCCUCUGAGGCUGGUAAGCAGUAUUUCAGCGUGGAUACGGGGAAGGGCGAGCUGGUGGUGAAUGACAGAAUAGACAGAGAGGCUCUAUGCGGACAAAGCGCCAGCUGUGUUCUACCUCUGCAAGUAGUUGUUGAAAAUCCUUUGCAGUCUCAUCGAAUUGAAGUGGAAAUCAGAGACACAAAUGACAAUUCUCCUCGUUUUCUGACACAGGAGAUAAACCUUAAAAUACCAGAAUCAGUUGCGAUUGGCAAACGUUUUCCUUUGGAGAGCGCAGAGGACCCUGAUGUUGGAAGUAAUUCCCUGAAAACGUAUUCUCUAAGCAAAAACGACUAUUUUUCUCUCAAAUUUAAAGACACAAAAAAUGGCAAAACUGUUCCAGAAUUAGUGUUAGAAAAGCCACUAGACCGGGAAAAGACUGCUGUCCAUCAACUGCUGUUAACAGCAUUAGAUGGAGGAAACCCAGUCACCUCGGGAACCUGUAAGAUUAUCAUUACUGUACUUGAUAAUAACGACAAUUUUCCAAUAUUCAAUGAAAAUGAGUACAAAGUGUCUUUAAAGGAAAACAGCACCAAAGGAACAUUUGUAAUCAAACUCACAGCUACAGAUGCCGACGAUGGUCUUAAUGGUGAAGUUAAAUAUUCCUUCGGGUCCCGAACACCAGACUAUGUGUUAUCAAUAUUUAAAAUAAAUGACAUGACAGGAGAAAUUGUAUUAAAAGGACCAUUAGAUUAUGAGACAUCUAAAUCAUACCUUAUAGAUAUAACAGCUAAAGACAAAGGCACUCCUGAAAUGGAAGGUCACUGUCGUGUGCAGUUGGAUGUAGAGGACAUAAACGAUAAUGCUCCAGAAAUUGUGCUCACUUCAAAGCCCAGUCCUGUACGCGAAGACGCACCAAGUGGCACAGUUGUGGCUUUAAUCAGUGCACGGGACCUUGACUCUGGUGAUAACGGUAAAGUGAAAUUACAGCUUCCCAAACAUUCUCCUUUCACUCUUAAACCAUCGUUCUCUAAUAAUUAUGAACUCGUUACCAGUGGUGCUUUAGACCGAGAGAGUUUCUCUGAAUACAAUAUUGAGAUAACAGCCACUGAUUCAGGCUCUCCUCCUCUGUCCAGUAAGAAAAUGAUACCUGUCAGCAUCACCGAUGUGAAUGACAACCCUCCUGUGUUCACUCAGUCCCCCUAUAAUGUCUAUUUAAAGGAGAAUGGGGUUCCAGGUUCCAUACUGUACUCAGUAUCAGCAUCUGACCUGGAUUUUGGUGAAAACGCCAAAAUCUCUUACUCUAUACCGGAGUCUAGAGUGCAGGGCGUUUCCGUCUCGUCUUAUGUUUACAUUAACUCAGAUAACGGCAGCAUCUACAGCAUGCACUCGUUUGACUAUGAGAAACUGAAGGUGUUUGAGAUUCAGGUUCAGGCAAAGGACCAGGGCUCUCCGUCUCUCAGCAGCAACGCCACUGUCCAUGUUUUUAUCCUGGACCAGAACGACAACGCCCCCGCUGUUAUUUAUCCGUCCUCCGCCGCCCUGGGCUCCCUCUCUCAUCAGAGGAUGCCCCGCUCCGCUAAAGCGGGUCACCUGGUUACCAAGGUGACGGCCGUGGACGCCGACUCGGGCCACAACGCCUGGAUCUCGUACAAAGUGGCGGAGGCCACAGACGCCUCUCUGUUCACUGUCAAUCUGUACACAGGGGAGGUGAGGACUAAACGCGCUGUGUCCGAGCAGGACGACUCCUCUCAGAGGCUGCUUAUAGAGGUCAGGGACGACGGGGAACCGGUCCAGUCCGCCACCGUCACGGUGUCCAUCCUGCUGGAGGACGGCCUCCAUGAGCCCAUCUUAGACCUGCGACACAAAGCGUCCGAGCCCAGCAAGAAAACUGGGAGAAUGACUCUUUAUUUGAUUCUGUCUCUGGCCUCGGUGUCCGUGCUGUCUCUGGUGACUUUUCUCAUCUUAGCGGUGAAAUGCAUGAGGAGCAGCAGAAGCAGCGGUAGUUGCUGCAUGAGACGGAGCGACUGUGAUGAUUACAAGAACCCCAACAGAAACCUGCAGAUUCAGCUCAACACCGACGGCCCUAUAAAGUACGUGGAGGUCCUGGGAGGAGACAUGUUGUCUCAGAGUCAGUCGUUCAGGUCGUGUAUGUCUCCCAUGUCAGAGUACAGUGAUUUCACUUUGAUCAAACCCAGCAGCACCACUGACUUUAAGGAGGUGAUCAGUGUCCUGGAUGCGUCUUUGCCUGACAGCACCUGGACCUUUGAGAGCCAGCAGGUGAGCAGAGAGUCUUCUAUGUGUAUAUUCUCAAACUAG